GCGCCAGGGAAAUACCGCUGACAUCAUCUUUGACAAAAAACGUCGAAAAAAGCCAAGAAGAAGUGAAAAUUAGGGCUGUUUUUUGGCUUGUUUAACGCGAAUAUGCCGAAGAAUAAAGGAAAAGGAGGGAAAAAUCGUCGAAGAGGAAAGAAUGAAAACGAGUCAGAAAAACGCGAACUCGUGUUCAAAGAAGAUGGGCAAGAAUACGCACAAGUGAAUAAGAUGCUUGGUAAUGGCCGUUUGGAGGCAAACUGUUUUGAUGGAAUCAGCAGACUUUGUCAUAUCAGAGGAAAAUUACGUAAAAAGGUCUGGAUCAAUCAGGGUGAUAUUAUCCUAAUAGGACUACGAGAUUAUCAAGAUGCUAAAGCUGAUGUUAUUCUACGUUAUAACCCAGAUGAAGCACGUAGUUUAAAGGCUUUUGGUGAAUUACCUGACACUGCCAAGAUAAAUGAAGGAAAUCUGUUUACACACGAAGAUGAAGAUGAAAUUGCUUUUGAUGAUUAUGAAGAACAUGGGGAGGAUGCAGAUGUUGAUGCAAUCUAAAGACUUUGGUCAAUGAAACCUUAUUAGAAAUUUCUUGAUUUAAAUGUAAAGCUGUCAAAGAAUGCAUGUUCAACUGUAGCRACUCAAGAUGAACGUUUAUUUUGAUGUGUGAGGAAGCGUAUUACUCACAGUUUAUAAACCAUUUAAGUGACAGUUGUAUUAUAGACAUUGUAACUGUUUUUUGUUGUAUAGUCCAAUGUUUCUUAUCUAUGUUAUGAAUUUCAUCAUGACAAAAACAAUGGAAUGCAGCCGCAUCAUUAAUAGCUAAUAUUGUAUUAGUAGUGUUCAAGACCACUUAAUGUCAAGCUGAAUGCAUAUGUUGUAGUUCAGGUUCAAUAUAUUUUUGAACCAAUUUAAUCUAAUUUGUUCCAGUACAAGACUUCUUGUACUGGUCUUUUCUUUUUUUUUUAGCUUUUGCAUUCUUAAAAGAACUAAAAGAACUAUAUCCCAUCUCAUUCUCUCCCAUUUUCUAUCUAUCAUCUUAUUUUCUACCUUCUACUAUUUCCUACUUUAUCUUAUACCACAGAAAUAUUGAUAUUCUAAACCUAACCCUAAACCUAACCCUAAACUGAUUUGUACAGGAUUGACUCUUAUAUUGGACUGGCUCAAAAUAAACUGAACCAGUUCAGAGGAAAAUGAACUGGUUCAAAAUCAUAUUGAACCUGAACUACAACAUAUACUCCAUUGAUUUGACCUUGAACACUGUGUUAAUUAAGAUAAUACCACUUAUCAAUUCCUAAUGAGAUAGGUUAGACAGUCAACUUACGUUAUAAAGCAGUGUGCAUCAUACACAUAAAAUUUGACACACCAAACUAAUAAAUAUUGUAAGAAUC